UGUAGCCACGUUAGCCCUAUCACUAACCUGGAGCUGGCCAGCGUUCACAACUCACCGGCGUACGUAAACAGUCAGUGAAGACCUGUUUUAUUUUCUUUACUACGAGACAAAACCGCCUGUAAAUUUGUGAAAACACCGAUGGAAGUUAUCAGUGGUGAUGUGCAGUCUAAUGGGCUACAUUGACCACCAAGGAGCUACCUGGCAGCCCGGUCUAUGAACUGACAGCUGUCACCUAGCUGCUUAGCUCGGAGGCUAGCUAGGUGAGCUAACGGCUAACAGGGGAUUUUUUCCAGUCUCAGCAAAGGCUAAUUUAGGCUACUACUGUCGAUUCAGACAGAUAAACUAUGACUUCUGUGGACAAUUGGCUUGCCCCUGUUGGUCAAACUAUGAGUUAGCUGAGAAACUACGGUUUGGUAGUAUUUAUAGCUAGUUCAGCAAUUUUUUGGUUUGUAUUUCUUUUUGGCUGCUUUCAUUCAGUUAUUUAAGCAGCUAUUGCUGAAGAAAGGACACCGGGUUCCUCGGUGGACAGAGGGGCUGCAACCUUCGUUUCGACACCGAAAAUUUUUUUUGGACUUGGGCCUACUUUGGAUAGCAUCUUGGUGUAAUGAAGAAAUUUUUUGACUCUCGUCGGGACUUUGCGGGCUCUGGGCCUGGUUCUGGAGCCGGUGGAGGGGGUACUGGUUCCGGUGGCGGUGGGAGCUUCAUUGGCCGAGUCUUCAGCAUCGGAAGAUAUCAAGUGACUGUCGAGGAAAUUGUUGCCGAAGGAGGUUUUGCAAUUGUGUUUCUAGUGCGAACUCAUCAAGGGCAGCGCUGUGCACUAAAGAGAAUGUAUGUCAACAAUGAACAUGAUCUGCAAAUCUGCAAGCUUGAGAUACAAAUCAUGAGGGACUUAGUAGGCAACAAAAACAUAGUUGGCUUCCUGGACUCAAGCAUAGCCGCUGUGGGAGCCGGUGAUGUGUGGGAAGUCUUAAUCUUAAUGGACUUCUGCCGAGGUGGGCAGGUGGUAAACCAGAUGAACCAGCGAUUACAGACGGGCUUCAGUGAAGCUGAGGUGCUGAGGAUCUUUUGUGACACGUGUGAGGCAGUUGCUCGGCUUCAUCAGUGCAAACCUUCCAUCAUCCAUCGAGAUCUAAAGGUGGAAAAUAUUCUUCUACAUGAUCAGGGGCACUAUGUGCUCUGUGAUUUUGGAAGCGCCACAAAUUAUUUUCAAAACCCACAGACUGAAGGCGUUGCAGUUGUAGAAGAGGAAAUUAAAAAAUACACAACCCUGUCAUACCGCGCUCCUGAGAUGGUUAACCUUUAUGGGGGAAAAGUCAUCACAACAAAAGCAGAUAUAUGGGCUUUAGGCUGUCUUCUCUAUAAGCUUUGCUUCUUUACCCUUCCUUUUGGUGAGAGCCAAGUGGCCAUCUGUGACGGUAGCUUCACCAUCCCAGACAAUUCUCGUUACUCCCAGGAAAUGCAUUGCCUCAUCAGAUACAUGCUGGAACCUGACCCUGACAAGAGACCAGAUAUUUACCAAGUGUCCUACUUUGCCUUUAAACUUGCCCGACAGGAGUGUCCCGUACCAAAUCUGCACAAUUCAUCUAUUCCUUUAAAACUUCCGGAGCCUAUCCGAGCCAGUGAAGCAGUGGCCAAAAAGAGUCAAACCAAAGCUCGGCUAACAGACCCAGUUCCAACUACAGAAACCUCAAUUGCACCUCGACAGCGACCCAAAGCUGGUCAGGCACAGUCACAGCCUAUAUCAGUCAUUCUUCCCAUCCAACCAGCUCUCACCCCACGCAAGAGGCCUAACGUGACCACAGGGACCCCACCAGCUUUUGCGGCUGGUAUCAAUGCCCCAGCUGCAGCUGCUGUCCAACCUGCUCAACAGGCUCCAACUGUACAGGGUGCACCUCAUCUAGUGCAGACAAGCAACAAGCAUGUGCAGCCUACAACACAUCAGCAACUCCUCAUGAAGACACAGCAAGCCUCUCCCUUCCUAACAAGUCACGGUAACCAGCAGAACCUGCACCAACAUCAAACACCCUCCCAUCCAUCUACUCUACUGCAGUCCAAAGCUAAACCUGUUCCCUCAGUUUCCACCAUGCAACUCCAACAGCAACAAGUAGUCCAUGAAACAGCAGCAUCUCAUCUUGCAGCCAUACCUGAGUCUGCAGUCCUUGCUCCAACAGAUGUGCCUUCAGGCAGAGAUAUCCACAAAGCAGGCUCUUUGACACCCCCUUCAUCACCAAAGAUUGCCCCAAAAAGUGGCCACAGACGGAUCCUGAGCGACGUCACCCACAGUGCCAUCUUUGGGGUUCCAGUCAGCAAAUCUACCCAGCUGCUUCAGGCAGCCGCAGCUGAGGCCAGCCUCAACAAGUCCAAAUCAGCCAGCACCACUCCUUCAGGCUCCCCCUGUUCGUCCCAGCAGAAUGUGUAUCAUCCAGGUGCUCCUGACGCUGCACCAAAUCCUCAGCCCGGCUGGAACCCCUUUGGAGAUGAUAAUUUCUCCAAGCUAACUGCGGAGGAGCUACUCAACAAAGACUUUGCAAAGCUAUCCGAGUCUGCUCAGCCAGGAGAAAUAGACCUCACUUCCAGUGAUGGUCUCAUUCCAGAGCUUGGUGCUUUUCCAGCAAAGGCUGAGGUGUGUGUGGAUUCCUUGAUUCCUGGUUUGGAAGCGCCUCAGCGCCAUUCUGUCCAGCCAGAGUGUAUUGCUGCCAGCAUGCCAGAUUCUUUCUCUGGGGAAACUUCUCUGCUGGGUUGUGAUUUAUUAACUCAUCCUUCUGGUGGCAGCCAGCUUAUUUCUGCACUCCCUUCCUCCUCUGGCCCUCCUGGCUGUGGCUCCAGAUCCUGUCUGGAGGAGCUGCAACCCAGUCAGGCUGCCGACUCUUCUUUCCUCUUGUCUGGUGUGAAAAAGGGCAGUGAUGAUGAGUUUGACCCCAUUCCUGUGAUCAUUCCAAAAAAUACAAACCAAGAAGUGGAAGGGGAGAGUAAUGGCUACACUGUGCUGGAAGAGGGUCAAGAGACUGAAGACAUUGAAGAGAAUGAUCUCAACAAAGAAGACUGUGAGCAUUCUAGCGAUGAAGAUGUGGAGAAUGCUGCAGGUAAAGAGGAGGAGGGCACAGCAGGCGAGGGUCAUGUUGCUGCUCAGGACUGCAGUGGCUCUAGGCCAUUGCUGAUGGACUCUGAUGAUGAAGAAGAACAUGGACCUCUGGUAGCUCCAUAUUCAGCCCUGCCCCCCAAUACCACACCAGUACAACCACCCGCUACCUUCCCUCAGUCCACAUCAAGCACCUUUGCUCAUAAUAAUUCCUGGGAUGUACCAGAGAGCGGUGUCACUCCAGAUGUCUUUUCCAAAGCCCCCUUUCCAACUUCCCAGGAGGAUUCAGCCGAUGUUUUUGCCAAUGCCCCUUUUCCACGCGCUCCUCUCGUAGCACCGCAGCAGCUGGAUGUGUUCUCACAGGCUCCCUUCGGAAAAAGAAAGGAGUCCUCAGCUACACCGCCGAAAACCUCAUACCCCCAACCAGCUGGAGGCCAGGCUUUGACCUCUGAUCAGGGAGUGCUGGGACAGGUUGCUCAACAACCGUUCCGCCCUCAAGCUCUGACCAAAUAUUCCCGCCACUUUGAAGGACCUGGUCCCGAGCGGCCGGGAGCAGCUCCCAAUGUGAGCAGACAAGCAGUCGAACCGCUUCAGUCAUGGACGUCAGAACUUAACGCUGUAGACCCGUUUGUGUCUGCACCCUUUCACCUGAAGGCACCGCAAGACAAGCCCUGAACACACGCACAGAGCUUAUCGGCAAUUUUCACCCAUGAAAUAUGCAAACUGCAAUAGGCUUCCUGCAUGCUGUCACCAGCGCUGCAGCUGGACUGCAGGCCUCCAUCACAUCUCGUUCUCAACCUUCCUACAUUAGAUCAGGCAGGGCAGGUUUUCCUUCCCAACUCUUAGGUUCUCUUUACUCUUGGCGUGCACAGAGACAAUGUUGGGGUUAACCAUUUGAAUCCUUUCCUGACUACCUCAGUUACUUACUGUGAGGGAGUUUGUGCUGAAGCUAUAGCAAAAUUAUUUUCUGCACAUUGAAGAUUGACUGUAAAACUGUGAUCUAAAUAUCCCACUCAUUCAUUGCAGUGCUUAUCGGAGUGAGAGAAAUUGUCAAUUUCACUUGAAAGGUGAAACUUUCUUUUCAUUCUCUUAAGGUGUAAUCCAAAUAUUUUGGAAUACACCUUAAGAGAAUGAAAUAUCCAAAUUUUACUAUGUGUUUUGACAAAAAAAAAAGGUUCAAACCAUCUAAAUGUCCAGUCUGGGGGCCUUUUAGUCUUACUUGACCUGUUAAUAAACUGUAUGCUGGAAAUAGUCUAAAUGGAAACUUCCAUUAUUAGAUAUGUUUAAAACAAUAUGUAAGCAUCUUGUUUUAUUUUUCCAUCUAAAUAAUUGUUUUCCUCUAUAGGCAUCAUGUUUGUCAUUGUUUGCUAACAAUAGAAUGUUUUUUCAUUUUAUGUAUGGCUCAGAUUUUACUGUCAUUGAAGUAGCUCAUGGGUAUUUCACAUUGUGCUCAUCUAGUAGACACACCCAAUGUGUGAAACUUAAUUGUUUGCCUUCUUAAAGCUGCUGCUUUCACAUUUGAUUGCACUCGCUUUCAGCUCCAAAUACUCCUGCUGUCUUUGGUCUGUGCUUCGUCAGCACUAUAAUGUAGCCCUAUAUGGAAAAAAAAAAAUCCAUGACUUCCAAGACGUGCACAAAGCGAUACAUUCAAGUCUGUAAAACUGACCCAGAAAUGUCUGAUGAUCUACGGCACUUAAUCUUUAUAAUUCCAGCCAGAGAUUGUAAUAAUUGUGUGGUGUGAGAGCUUGAAUAGUGCCUGAUUUAUUAAUUACCCUUAAUUUAUAUUAUUCUAUAUUUUACAAAAUAUUGGAGGCUUUUUUUUUUUGUUUGAGGGGGCUUGUCUGUAGUCUUGCAACACUAAUUGUUUCCCACAGUGGCACUUUUAAAAGGGGAUCCAAGCUGUGUCAACCUUUCUCUGCUGUGUCAUACUUUCUCUGCUGCAGUUCAAUUUUUGACCAUACAGUCUCACCCAGCCUACACGUAUGAAGAUUGCACAAAGUGACUGACAUGGAGUCAGGGUUCUGCAAGAUUCUUUUUUUUUUUUUUUUCUGUCAGCUGUAAAAUGGAUUUUGAUUGCUGAUGUACAGGUAGCUGCUGGAGGACGAGCAGAAGAGACUGUUUGACAAAAAAAAAAAAAAAAGCACUCAAGAUACUUCUUGUGCUGCACAGCCUGCCUUUAAAAA